AUGUCUUUUCUUCUUCCGCCGCGGCAUCGCUCCUUCUUUACAUGGCUGCUGGAUUGCACGCGGGAGAGAAGCCUCGCGAGGGGAAGAGCCGUUCACGCCCAGGUCGUCAAGAACGGCUCCUCAGAUUCCUGCGUCUACCUCGCCAACAGUCUAGUCAAUUUCUAUUCCAAGUGCGGCCAUCUAGCGAAAGCCCACCUCGUGUUCGACGAAAUUCCUCACAGAGACGUGGUGUCGUGGAAUUCCCUCAUCAGUGCCUACUCUCAGAUGGGUUCCUCUGGGGCUAGUUCCGUCAUGGAGCUCUUUCAUCGCAUGAGGUGGGAGGACACUUGUUUCCCGGAUACUCGUACUUUCGCAGGCCUUUUCACCGCUGCUUCGAACUCGUCGGAAGGGGUUUUCCUUGGAAAGCAAGCACAGGCGCUCGCUGUGCAAACGGCAAUCAUCGAAGACGUCUUCGUCGGGAGCUCACUGCUGAACAUGUACUGUAAAGCGGGUCUUGUCUCAGAAGCACGUAAAGUGUUCGACGGAAUGCCCGAGAGAAACGCUGUUUCUUGGGCUACCAUGGUUUCUGGGUACGCAAGCGAACGUCUGGUCGAGCAGAGUUUGGAAAUUUUCGAAUCUAUGCGGAGGGAAGCACCACAGUUGAAUGAGUUUGUCUUUACUAGUCUAGUUAGCGCUUUCUCUGCUCCAGAAUGGCUUGACAAUGGCAAGACUCUGCAUUCUAUUGCGGCAAAGAAUGGACUCUUGGCCUUUGUUUCAGUCUCGAAUGCCAUCGUCACAAUGUACGCCAAAUGUGGGAGCUUGGAGGGUUCAUCGCAAAUGUUUGAGUCCUUAAACGAUAAGGAUUCCAUCACUUGGUCCGCAAUGAUCACUGGCUUUACCCAAAAUGGGGGAUUUCAGAAUGCUCUGAACCUUUUCUCAAAGAUGCAUUCCGCUGAUAUUCCUCUAACGGAACAUACCCUCGCUGGAGUUAUCAAUUCCUGCAGCGAUUUGGCUGCUGUUGUUGAUGGCAAGCAACUGCAUAGCUACUCGUUGAAGCUAGGACUGGAAACCCAAAUCUUCAUACUCACAGCUCUGGUAGACAUGUACGCCAAAUGUGGCCUUCUGGAAGAUGCAAGAAAAGGGUUCAAUCUCCUGCCAAACCCCGACAUCAUCCUCUGGACUUCCAUGAUAUCCGGCUACGUGCAAAACGGCAAGGACGAAGAGGCUUUCACCUUGUACUGCAAAAUGCAGACAUUAGGAGUCUUCCCUAACGAGCUAACCAUGGCUAGUGUUCUAAAAGCUUGCUCGAGCCUCGCUGCUUUGGAACAGGGAAAGCAAAUCCAUGGCUGCAUUGUUAAGUACGGGUUCAAGUUCGAACCCCCCAUCGGAAGCUCUCUCUCCACUAUGUACUCCAAAUGUGGCUCUAUUCGCGACGCAGGCAUAGUGUUCAAGCGAAUGACAGAAAGAGACGUGCUGUCGUGGAACGCAAUGAUGUCAGGACUCUCCCACAACGGCCAAGGAAACCAAGCUCUCGAACUCUUCCAAGAAAUGCUACUCGAGGGGCUCACAAAGCCAGACGAUGUCACGUUCGUCAACAUUUUCUCGGCUUGCAGCCACAUGGGUUUGGUAGAAGAAGCUUGGCAACACUUCAACACAAUGGUCAACGAAUUCGCCAUGGUUCCUACCUUAGACCACUACGCAUGCAUGGUUGAUGUCCUGAGCAGGGCAGGAUUGUUGAGGGAAGCGACAGAGUUCAUCGAAUCAGUCCCCAUAGAUCACGGCCUGGGCCUAUGGCGGAUUCUACUGAGCGCGUGUCGAAACUACCGCAGCUACGAGCUGGGAGCGUAUGCUGGCGAGAAGUUGAUCGAGUUGGGAUCAAUGGAGUCGUCUACUUAUGUGAUAUUGUCGAGCAUCUAUAAUGCUCUGGGGAGGCGGCGAGAUGUGGAGAGGGUGAGGGGUGUGAUGAAGACUCGUGGCGCCACUAAGGAUCCUGGGUGUAGCUGGAUUGAGCUGAAGGGGGUUGUUCAUGUGUUCGUGGUGAGGGAUGGGAUGCAUCCAUGGGUUGAUGAAAUCCGAGAUGGAAUUCGUCGAUUGUUGAAGCAUAUGGAAGAUGAUGAAGGCUAUCAUCCUGCAUUCGAUUUCGUACUUGAUCAAGUUGGUUAA